AGGCUGGCGGGGGCGGGGCCGAGGUCGGGGUAGCUGAGCGCUCUUGGUCACUGAGGGAGUCGCAGACUGGGCGCACCAGAGGCUAGCAGUUCCUUAGCACGCUGGUGCAAGUCAUCCGACGCACGGCGAGCUCGGUGGAGGCAGAGGUGUUGCUGCAGGAGUCGCGGGCCCUCCGUGUCCCUUGCGCACUCAGCAAGGCCCUCGUGCUCUGCAGUCCCCGAGAGCAGCUGGUGAUGGCCCCUCGCAAGAACGCCAAGGGCGGCGGCGGCCACAGCAGCGGCAGCGGCAGCGGUUCAGGCAGCGGUAGCCCGAGCACGGGUAGCAGCGGCAGCGGCAGCAGCCCCGGGGCUCGGAGAGAAGCAAAGCAUGGAGGACACAAGAAUGGGAGGAGAGGAGGAAUUUCUGGAGGCUCCUUCUUCACGUGGUUCAUGGUUAUUGCAUUGCUGGGCGUCUGGACGUCUGUGGCCGUGGUGUGGUUUGACCUUGUUGAUUAUGAGGAAGUUCUAGCCAGAGCAAAGGACUUCCGUUAUAACUUAUCAGAGGUACUUCAAGGAAAACUAGGAGUCUAUGAUGCAGAUGGUGAUGGAGACUUUGAUGUGGAUGACGCCAAAGUUUUAUUAGGACUUAAAGAAAGAUCUACUUCGGAGACAUCAUUCCCAGCAGAGAAGGCCAAGCCACCUGCUGAGCUGGAGGAGCAGGUUCCUGACUUGGGGACAGAAGUCCAGAAUGUUGAAGAUGAAGUAAAAGAACAAAUUCAGUCCCUUCUCCAGGAAUCAGUACACACAGAAUAUGACUCGAACCUGGAAGCAGAUGGGCCAGCAGAACCACAGCCAGAAGUCGAGGACUUCCUCACAGUGACCGAUGGAGAGGACAGAUUUGAGGUCCUGGAACCUGAGGCAGUUCUUGAAGAAACUGAGGAUAGUUACCAUAUGGAAGAGACAGCAUCAGAGGACCAUCCAAAUGAUGUGGAAGAGAUACUGAAUGAACAGGAAAUCUCAGAUGCCAGUGAAGCAGUAACAGAUGCUGAUAAGCCACAGCAGGAUGCAGAGGAACAAACACACCAAGAUUAUGAUGAACCAGUACAUGAACAUUCAGCAAAGGAAGGGGCAGCGAUUUCAGAUAAUGCCAUAGAAGAUUCCAGCAUAAUUUCAGAAGAAAUAAAUGUCCCCUCUGUGGAAGAACAGCAAGACACACCACCAGUUAAGAAAAAGAAGCCUAAACUCCUGAACAAAUUCGAUAAAACCAUUAAGGCUGAACUGGAUGCUGCAGAAAAGCUGCGGAAAAGGGGUAAAAUUGAGGAAGCAACGAGAGCAUUUGAAGAAUUGGUUCGCAAGUACCCUCAGAGUCCGCGAGCAAGAUACGGCAAAGCACAGUGUGAAGACGACUUGGCAGAGAAGAGGAGGAGCAACGAGGUUCUGCGCAGGGCCAUCGAGACCUACCAGGAGGCAGCCAGCCUGCCAGAUGCCACCACAGACCUAGUGAAGCUGAGCUUGAAGCGACGGUCAGAAAGGCAGCAGUUUCUAGGUCACAUGAGAGGUUCCCUACUUACUCUCCAGAGGCUAGUUCAGCUGUUUCCUGGUGAUACUACAUUAAAAAACGACCUUGGCGUAGGUUAUCUCUUGAUGGGAGACAAUGACAGUGCCAAGAAGGUUUAUGAAGAGGUUCUGAAUGUGACACCAAACGAUGGCUUUGCUAAAGUACACUACGGCUUCAUCCUGAAGGCGCAGAACAAGAUUGCUGAGAGUAUUCCCUACUUAAAGGAAGGGAUCGAAUCCGGGGAUCCUGGUACGGAUGAUGGCCGGUUUUAUUUCCACUUGGGAGAUGCCAUGCAGAGGGUCGGGAACAAAGAGGCAUAUAAGUGGUAUGAACUUGGGCACAAGAGAGGACAUUUCGCCUCUGUCUGGCAGCGUUCCCUCUACAAUGUGAAUGGUCUAAAGGCUCAGCCAUGGUGGACACCCAGGGAAACUGGCUAUACCGAACUGGUGAAGUCUUUAGAGAGAAACUGGAAGUUAAUCCGUGAUGAAGGCCUCAUGGUGAUGGAUAAAGCCAAGGGUCUCUUCCUGCCUGAGGAUGAAAACCUUCGUGAGAAGGGGGACUGGAGUCAGUUCACACUGUGGCAGCAAGGAAGGAAAAAUGAGAAUGCCUGUAAAGGAGCCCCUAAGACCUGUACUUUACUAGAAAAGUUCUCUGAGACAACAGGAUGCAGGAGAGGACAGAUCAAAUAUUCCAUCAUGCACCCUGGAACUCAUGUGUGGCCACACACAGGACCCACAAACUGCAGGCUCCGAAUGCAUCUAGGGUUGGUGAUUCCCAAGGAAGGCUGCAAAAUCCGGUGUGCAAAUGAGACCAGGACGUGGGAAGAAGGCAAGGUGCUCAUCUUUGAUGACUCUUUCGAGCAUGAGGUGUGGCAGGAUGCCUCAUCUUUCCGGCUGAUCUUCAUCGUGGAUGUGUGGCACCCCGAGCUGACCCCUCAGCAGAGACGCAGCCUUCCUGCAAUUUAAAAGAAAUUGGCAGAGCCUUGGGUGCUCUCCAGGGAGGCUGCCUUUCCACUUCUCCUGGGCCAUGGAGACGGAAGUUCAAACACUAUGAUUCUUCAUCCCCUUGCCUUGUGGCUAAAGAACUCUAAGGUUCCUUCUGAAUUGGAAAUCGCUGGGAGGAGUACUUGCCUUACUGCAAUUCAUUUAGAAGGUCCCUUGCUUCGAGUGACUCAUGACAGAACAGAACUUCUACCUGGACUAAGGGGAACAUUUGGCUGUGUCUACAUUGCUAGCCAAAGAUAUUUUUCUACAUAGAAUAGUGUCUACAUCAAUGUACAUUGAGGAUAUACUGUAUGUAGAAACUGAAUGAAUUACUUUAGUUUGUAAUUUUUCUAUGCAGUUAUAUUUUUCUAGGUAACUGAAAUAUUCUGUCACCAUCCACCCCCAUGGUUUUGUUGAUUUUAAUGACAGGAAGUAUAAGUGCUUUACUUCUUACUGUUAAAUAGUAAUUUCCCUGAUAAAUUCAGACAUAAUUCCUUUUAGAAAAAAACAGCAAACACCUGUGAAGAAGGCAACUUUACUUUCCUAACGUAAAUGGGAAGUUACUCUAGGAUGUAUAAACUGUGCCAAUGCGUGCCCUUGAGUCUACCUGUGUAUCUUCGAUUAGCCUCAGUGUCUUCCCCUCUCUUUGUGCUAAUGAUGGAAAUGCUAUCAAGCUCUAAUUUCUAAGAGCAACACUUUUUUUUACACUGAGAAAAGCUAUGGAAACAUUUCAUGUUGUAAUAAGAAAAUACCAGAAAUAACAGGGCUCAGAGAGAAAAUGUAACUUGGAAGUGAAGAUUCUCACUCAGGAUCAGGUGGCCAGGCAACCUGGACUCUGCCUUCUGUGACAGGGCCUGGAAUCUGCAGUCUGUCUACUGUGGAUCUACUUGAGUGCCAAGAAGAUGGCUGCUUGGCUUCUGAGCGUCCCCUCAUGGUUUUAUCAAUAUAGGAAGUCCCCGGGUGUGCUGGGAUUCGUCCCUGGGUAUAGGUGGUCCAGACUGUUUGAUUCUGAAUGUGCAGACUUUUUCAUCUUCCAUGCUCAAAAUCCUUCUGCCAUCUAAUCAUUAUUUUGAGAUAGCGUUUCACAUGUGUGCUUUAUUUGAGUACUAGCCAAGGCAGAGGAAGAGCAGUAGAAAGUCAUCCUGCUCCUCCUUUCAGAGAUGAUCAGUUGGCUAGUAAAGCAUCAAUGCCCCUGUGUUUCUAUUUUAAAAUUAAAGCUAACUCAAGCUUAGAAUGUAAUGACACUCAUGCACUGAUCUCUAAGCCAGUCGAACAAUAAUGCUGCAGAAAUGGCAUGUAUUCCAGCCACAUAGGUAGAGAAAAUGUAGAUGCAUUCUUUUCAUCCAAUGUCAGUAGAAAAAGCUUUCUGUACCUCAUUUAACAAGCAAUUCUUUGACAUUGGAAUUGAUCCUUUUUCGUUUAGCUUAAGGAUUUUAGCUCUUAGGAGAAAGUUUACAAAAUGUGUGUCCAUUCUUAAAAUAGGUACUUUUCCCUUCUUUUGCCAGUGUUCAAAAAUUCCUCUAAAACAGAUGGCAAAGACAUGGGAGGAAAAGAUCAAACCAUUACCAAAUUCCAGAAAAGAAAACAAACUCUUAGAAAACAAAAAAAGUAUUUGUGUUCUUCAGUAUUUAUUAAACGGAGGAAUUUACUGACAAAAGGCAAUACAGUCCAGUGUUCAUGUAGUAACACUCGGUCGCCUACUGGUUUGGUUCUCCUACAUAUUACAUACACAUAAUGAAAUACAAACCAUAUGUUCUCAUUGUUAAACCGUCACCUUACAUUCAUGUAAUAAAAAUUGUGGAAAUGAGUGAAAAUUAGCGUUUGACUUAGCAUAUAUAAUGUGGUUUUUAAAAUAUGGUCAUCACAGUAGGAUUCUAACUAUUGUCAUGUGAAAGUCAGAAGAACCUUUACAAUUACACGAGUUGACAGUGAUGCCAACAGCAUUUGAGUACUUGGAUACCACAUUUGUUUUAUGAACCCAAGCAAUAAAAGAUUUUCUAAUUCA